AUGAAGUUCUCUAGUAUUCUGAGCAUCCUUGUUCUUGGGGCAGGCUCAGUGGUGCACGUUACAGACAGAAACCCGUUGUCCUACGUCCCGAAGCCCGAGGGGACCUACGUCCCCCAAAGAACCCCGAACAUAACGACGCUCCUGGACUUUGUCAAGUCCCGAAGUGACCUGGCCACAUUCACCAAGAUCCUCAAUAGAUCCGCAGGCUUCCUCGAGGCCUUCGACACGCCCCCGGCCUGGGACUCCACUCUCUUCGCGUCGUCGGACACCGCCCUCGUCAAGCACACGAAACAAUACUUCAACACGUAG